AUGGAUGCUCUCUUCACCGUGAAGCCCUUCAAGGUCUCACAUAGUGACCAGAAUUGCAUGCAGUAUUCCGAGUUAUGCAUUAUUCCCAGUGUGGGCUUACUCACGGUUUCGGUUUCCCGAUGCAAAGUCGCCGACGGGCGGUUUAAGCUUUCGUUUCUCCGCCGAUCUCUCCCUUUUCCCCCUGGCGGUAAACAGCAGAGCCGGGCGUGGGUUUCGGUCCACCCGUUCGCUCCCGGUUUCCGUUUCUCUUCAUGCCGCCCCUGCACUUCAAUAAUUCCUGAAUCCAGACUGGUUCUAGAACUCGUGGAUAAGUGUCCUAAACAUCCAAAGAAAGGAAACUUUCCUCUAAUCGUUAUUGAAGGACUAGAUGCAACAGGCAAAACAACAGUGACCCAUUUUUUGAAAGACUCCCUGAACGCCGUACUCUUGAGGACUCCUCCAUCGUGCGUUGGCCAGUGGCGGAAGAUUUUUGAUGAUGAACCACCACUCAUACGGAGAGCCUUCUAUGCACUGACUAACUACAUUGUGGCUUCUGAAGUAGCCAAAGAAUCCUCUAAGUCUCCAGUGAUUCUAGACAGAUAUUGGCACAGCACAGCAGCAUACGCAAUUGCAACUGAAAUAACGGAGGUGCAAAAUCUUCCUCCACCUCAUCACCUGGUGUAUCACUGGCCUGAUGACCUUCUGAGUCCAGACAUAGUCUUGCUGUUGACUGUUAGCCCUGAAGAAAGAACCCGGAGGCUACAGGGACGUGGGAGAAAAACAAGAGAAGAGGUGGAUUUGGAAACGAACGAUGUCUUCCGUCAAAAAGUUGAAGAGUCUUACAGAAGAAUGGAAAAUCCAACAUGUCAUAUCCUUGAUGCCAAUCCUCCUAAGGAAGAAGUUGCCAAAGCUGCUCUGCGUUUGAUUAAAAUCACUUCCAUUUCCUAUAGCUCUUUGUCUAUAUACUAUUGUCAAUAACUAUCAGAAUCAAAAUC